AGCCUACUCCUUUCAUGUUACUGCAGAUGGUCAGAUGCAGCCGGUUCCUUUCCCUCCUGAUGCCCUCAUUGGUCCAGGAAUCCCUCGCCAUGCCCGUCAGAUCAACACUCUGAACCACGGGGAAGUUGUGUGUGCAGUUACCAUCAGCAACCCCACAAGACACGUGUACACAGGUGGGAAGGGGUGUGUCAAAGUCUGGGACAUCAGCCACCCUGGCAACAAGAGCCCUGUCUCUCAGCUGGACUGUCUGAACAGAGAUAACUACAUCCGCUCUUGUAAAUUGCUGCCUGAUGGAUGCACCCUAAUAGUUGGCGGGGAAGCCAGCACUUUAUCCAUAUGGGACCUGGCAGCACCAACUCCUCGUAUAAAAGCAGAGCUGACAUCCUCAGCCCCUGCCUGCUAUGCUCUGGCUAUCAGCCCUGAUUCCAAGGUGUGCUUUUCCUGCUGCAGUGAUGGGAACAUUGCAGUGUGGGAUCUACACAAUCAGACAUUGGUCAGGCAAUUCCAGGGCCACACAGAUGGAGCCAGCUGUAUUGACAUUUCUAAUGAUGGUACCAAGCUCUGGACAGGAGGUUUGGAUAACACUGUCAGAUCCUGGGACUUGAGAGAGGGAAGACAGCUACAACAGCACGACUUCACAUCACAGAUAUUUUCCCUUGGUUAUUGUCCUACUGGAGAAUGGCUAGCUGUGGGAAUGGAGAGCAGCAACGUAGAAGUGCUACAUGUAAAUAAACCAGACAAAUAUCAACUGCACCUUCAUGAAAGUUGUGUAUUGUCACUCAAGUUUGCUUACUGUGGUAAAUGGUUUGUGAGUACUGGGAAAGAUAACCUUCUUAAUGCGUGGAGAACUCCUUAUGGAGCCAGUAUCUUCCAGUCCAAAGAAUCUUCGUCAGUGCUUAGCUGUGACAUCUCUGUGGAUGAUAAAUACAUAGUCACUGGCUCUGGAGACAAAAAGGCUACAGUCUAUGAAGUUAUCUACUGAAAAAUAUGAUGGGGAUAGAAAUUUUAGAAGUUGAACUGGGCCAAAAUUGUUCUUAAUUGUAGAAGUAGAAAGGUUUUGCCUUUUAAAAAGAAACAAGAGUAUUGAGGUUCCAGACCUUGCCGUGAAACUACUCCGAUUUUUCAAAAUAGAAGGCAACAUCCAGCAACUAAAUAUUGGCUACGUGGAGCAAACAGAACACAGAGGCAAGAUGGACAGAUGUAGCCUAGGUUUUUGACAUAGUUUUUAAAAGCCGAGUCUACUGAAGAAUGUUGGAGCCUUUUAUUUUUUCUUUCUUUGUGACCUCAUGCAAAUUGUUCUCAUUGCCUGAAUAUGGGGGAUAAAUACCUUUCUGUUCCUUGCAGUUCGAGUUGCAUUCUGUCCUGUGUAGAGCAGUGGUGGUUCAGAUGAACUUUGUUUCCUGGUUUUGCAUCUUGUGAUAUGUUUUUGUAUUUUUGUUGAAGGUCAAACAUUUGUAUAAAUUGUAAAUAUAUUUAGUUUAUUACAGUAAAGGCUUUAGUACCAACAACCAGUCUUCCCCCCCUGCCCACUCCCUUCCCCCCCUGCUUAUUUAAAAUUAAAAACCUUUUGGGGAUAUAAGUGCGUUUUUAGAAGCAAAAGCAAACACUAUGUAUAGUUUGAAAAUGGUGUCUUUUAUUCUUUAUAACUCUUCCUAGAUUCCUUU